AAUGAGCGGCGGCGGCGGCGCAAGCUUAAAUUCAGUGUUUUACGCGGAGAGUUACCACCCGAUCCAAGCCGGAAGCAUCGACGGAACCGACAUCCACCCCCACGACAACGCCGUCUACAGAGCUCUUCUCUGUUCCAACGCCGCCCUCUAUGACCCGUUUGGCGACCCGAAAGUAAUUGGGGAUCCUUGUUGCACUCUCUUCGUUGCUCGUCUCUCUCAUCUCACCACCGAACACACUCUUCGUAAGGCUAUGAGUGAAUAUGGGAGGGUGAAGAACUUGCGUUUGGUAAGACAUAUAGUGACGGGUGCCUCGCGUGGUUAUGCAUUUGUUGAGUUUGAAACAGAGAAAGAUAUGCGUAGAGCAUACAAGGAUGCUCAUCAUUCUUUUCUUGACGAUUCGGAAAUAAUAGUUGACUACAAUAGACAGCAUUUGAUGCCUGGUUGGAUUCCAAGAAGGCUAGGAGGUGGUCUUGGUGGCAAGAAAGAAUCAGGACAACUUCGAUUUGGAGGACGAGAAAGACCAUUUCGAGCUCCACUGUAAGCCUUCAUUUCUUGUUCUA